AGGUGGGUCCGUAGUGUCACUGUUUUUAAAAAAACCUGUUAUUCCAUCUGUUUUCUCAAUUCAAUAGGACGUUUUGACCACGUCUUGCAUUCUCGCUGGCUACAUAUUCUUUUCCACCGCAACGACCAUUCAGACCGUGAUGGACUUUUGUCAGGCUGAUACAGAAGCAGGAUUCGUAAAUUAUUAUAGCCAUCGAUUUGUCUUUCGGAUUAUCAACCAAGUCCUGAAUCCGAGUCAUUAUUGGAGCGUCAGGUUCACGCUUUCCAUUAUCAACACAAUGCUCAGCUUUAUUCUGAACGUCUUCUCGAACUCUGUCGUAUUUCAUAUGAGUGGGCUCAUGUUUCUCCUCACUUAUCGAAUCGGACGUGAAGUUGAGGAUUAUCUGAGAGACAAUGCAACUGCGGGACUUCAGGAGGUUGUCGAUUAUUACAUGAGAGUGAAAGCAUUCUUCGUGGUCUUGAAUGGAACUCUGACUCUGCUCGUCUUUGUGUUUGUCGUCGGUGUCAUUCUCUUUUUUAGCCGAUCCCUCCUCCAAAUCAUCGAGGCGAACGAUGUCGCUACCAGAAUCACGACUGGGGGAUAUUUGUGCUAUGCCGUGUUCUACUUGUGCCUUGCUGCAGAGGGUCACGCCAAGCUCAAAUUGUUUGGGGACUUCAUUUUUCUCCACCGAAAUGACCUCGGAUAUAAGGAUUCGACAUCAGAAGUUUUGAGCAUGUUGUCGGAAACAGCAUCGAGUCCUCUGGGAUUAAAGGCCGACACCUUUCUCAUCACUUAUGGACUUUUAGUUUCAGUAAUAAAACCACGUCGAUUUUGCAGCACUUAUUGUUUUUGGGUGUCGAUAUUUGUUUUACUAAAUGUCAUGCUCUUUGUAUAUUAUUUUUCCAAGAUCUUCUCAACCGUAUUGACCUACACAAUGGUCCUUGUCCAGUUUAAUGCUGCACAUCCGGCCGAAUGAGUGUCCUACUUUACAUAAGUUCACAAAUAAAACGUGACCUUCCGCAAAAAUACUAAAUAGGAAUUCUGGAAUACUUGCAAAAAGAAAACAAUUUAAUAAUUAAUUGCUGCCGAUCCCAAGCUGACCACGCCUUCAAUUAUGCAGAAUAUAUAUAAUCUCUCACUCGUUCACACUGUUGACACCUCCCGGCUCUCGCCACUUAAACUAAUUGUAUCGUCAGGAAUAUUAAUAAUUCUCACAUUCUUGUCAUAAAUCCAACCACCAGACAUACAUUCAUAUGUACAAAUCAUGGACUUGUUCAUAAUAUCUCCAAAAUUCAACUCCUUCAUAGACAAACUUGAGAAUAGAGAAAAGGGAGAAAAUAUCGAACAUUAUUAUUCGACGACGCCUAAAAGCAGUAUACUUUAUUAUUUCCAAGCAUUCUCAAGGUUGUUUUACUACUCACUUCUAAUCCCGUGUCACUUCACGAUCGAUUCUACAAACAAAUAUAACAAGCUGAUAAUUAAAAGCAAC